AGUUCCGGGUGAACGAACGCUUGGAGACAGUAACUGUUCCUGGUUUGCGAGUUAAUUUUUACUGAAUACGUUGUGCCUCUGCCAACAAGGUCUGUGUGAAAUGACAAAGAUAUGAAGAGCAUGACACUCGGAAGGCAAUGGAUAUAGUUGACAAUGUUCAGACCAGGUUUGUCCAAGAGCCAUCAUUGCACCUCAAGUGUCCUGUAUGUCAGCAGCUGUACACCGAACCGGUCAUCAACAUCAAGUGUGGGCACACUUUCUGUCACUCUUGUGCCUUCAACGCGACACACUGCCCUCUGGAUGGUGCUCACUGUGACACAAGUCAGCUUGUUGUCAACAGAUUGGUAGUAGGACAGAUAGAGGACCUGCAGGUUUACUGCCGGCAUGGGGGGACCCCUAGUGAAGCCGAGAAUGGACAGAAUGGGAUUGAUUGUUGUGAGGAGAUACUGUCAUAUGGAAAACGGGAAGAACAUGAAAAGUCUUGUCCCUAUGCCUUGGUGCCGUGUCCGAACUCAGAGUUGUGUGGUGAUAUCAGAAGGAAAGAUCUUGAAGAGCAUCUUCUGAACUGUGUACGAACUCCAUGUGAACAUCAUAGUAAGGGCUGCACCUUUUGUGGCUCACGGAGUGCGGUGGAGGAUCAUGUCAAGUCGUGCGACUUCCGUGAUGUGAGCAUGCACGAUGCUCAACUGCUUCAAAGGCUCCUUGGGCAGGAAGCAGCAGUCAAGCAACUCCGCACUGACAAUGGCCGACUGACGAGUCAGGUCGCAGAACUGCAAAAAGUCAACAAAGAGAUGACUUCGCAUGUAGACAAACAAAACAGUGUGAUCCAAGGUCUUCAACUGCAGCUUGAUGAGCUAACAGCUCGAGUCAACCAAUUCAGCUCAGGAGUUCAAAUCAAGAGGCCAAUAUCAGGGUCACAGUUGUCCCUGUUGGAAGGAGAAACUGACAACAUGGAUAGCCAUAACAACAAUCACAAGAACAACUUUUUUCUGUCCUGUGUGCCAGUGAGCAGCAGCUCUGGUGUGACGGGUUUAAAGUCGACAUCUGUGAGCUCUUCAAGAACGACAAGUCCACGACGGAACAUGGAGAAGUGGGAGAUGCCACUCCAUUUCAAGUGUAUCGGAACUCUCAGGGGCCACAAAGACAUUGUUUGGUGUAUGACCACCCGGAAAGGGCGGCUCUACAGCGCUGGAGCUGAUGGCGUCGUCAAGAUCUGGAGUUUGGAACAGCUGGCUACAGGCUGCAUCAGCAACAUACAGGCUCACAAGAAUGUGAUUCACUGCAUCAGCUCGUGGGGAAACUCACUCAUCACGGCCGGAGCUGACAUGAUGAUCAGCUUCUGGGACUUGGACACCAAUGAGUACAAGUCUUCUAUACAGGCUGCCCAUGAGAAGAUCAUCUGUUCAAUGGUUGUUCACGAGGACCUGCUGAUCACUUCUUCCUUCUCUGUCAUCAAGGUGUGGGACUUGAAGACCCUGACCCUCAAGUCAACCUUGACCGGACUGAGCCACUGGGUGCGUGCACUAGCGGUAAACAAGAGCAAGGGCAAGUUGUACAGCGGCUCGCACAAUGCUGUCCACGUGUGGGAGAUGAAGGACAACUUUGACCGCUUGGCCACCAUUGACCACGAGUGUGGCUCUGUCUACAGUCUCGCUGUGACACAGACUUACAUUAUUACAGGUCAUUCAGAGGCUUUUGACAAAAACAUUCUGUUGUUCAAUGCGGAGACACAUGAGGUGGUGACCAGUCUGUAUGGACAUUUUGGCACCAUCACUUCACUGGUGACCUCCCCGUCUGGCCGCUUCUUUUUCUCGGCUUCGCAGGACAGCACCAUUCAGUUGUGGAGCCUGGAGAAUCUUCUUCCCAUCCAGAGGCUGUCUCGCCACCAGGGUAGUGUCAACACGCUGACGAUUCAUGGAGACUUUCUGCUCUCUGGCUCUGAGGAUCAUGAUGUAAAGGUGUUUCGCUACUUUCCAAAGAUCCAGUGAUGGAAGUUUGCUUCUCCUCUGCUCAAUCUGCUCAAGCUGUCCCGCUUCUGGCUCAUGGCUCCUAGUUUUUCUGUUCAACAGAUUUGCAUUCAUGUCUUCAAUUUCUGGCACUGUCAGGUCAGACAUAGAAUUCUGUUGAGCGGAUUGUUUCCGAUUUUCUUGUUAACACCCAGCUUCAAAAGGAUACCUGGCUAUCCAUAGAAGUAGAGUGUGGAAAUCAUAGCAGUAUAUUCCUAACAUGAUGCAGCAUUAGAUGCACCUUAAGGAGCGGAAAUAAUAGUCAACUGGGUUGGACUGGUCAACAAGAGGAUAUAUUAUAUUGUAAAGUUGUGUGGGGAAUGUAUACAACAAUAAAUAGGCACACUUGACUGGCUACUUGUUUUAGCUUACAAUACAAGUUUUUGUCAGGUACUGUAUUAGGUUCAGUGAGUUUUGAAGAAUUGAAGGUGUGUAUCACACUUUGUCGUAUGUGCUGCGGGUAACUAAGAUGGUUUGCCGUCUUUUGAGUUUUGAGACAUACAUCCUUCUGGACACAAAGGGAAUCAGGUUCAAUUCGCCUCCAGUGUUGACUAUUGUUUUGCUGUUUUGCUCUUUUCUAGAUUUUGCCAAUUGUAAAGCCUCUGAGUGUUAUAGCUAGGCAGGUUUGUCCAAAUGCCUGUUAUAAUAAUAAUAAAUGACAUUUAUAUAGCGCUCAACCCCGAAUAAAGUACACAGGCUCUGAGCGCUUUACAAUACAGU